AAAAAUACUACACUUACUAUUGUAUACGUUCAGAACAACAAAUAACUACAGUUAUCAGCGCGGGUAAAACCACUGGGUUUUUCCAAAUCUUAUAAUUUGCAACGAACUAUACUGUAAUAUCUUCAUACAACGGUGUAAUCUAUUGUUUGGACGGUUCCUCAACCUGAGCCGAUUCUGGGAAAGGUUAACAUCAUAAACCUGGCGGUCGACAGAAAAGGGUCGUUUAGCUCGUGGCACCAACUUUUGGAUGGUUAGAUCAUCGAACGGCGUUCAUGAAUGCAGUCUGUUUUUUUUUUGUAAGACUAUACCUAUUUCCUUUCUUUUAUAUUAUUAUUAUUUCUUUAAAGGUAUUUUAUUAAACUUCAUAAUAUACUUUUAAUUAUUUGUGAAGUUUACAGUUCAUGUAUGUAGUGAACAAGAAUAUCACAGUAAAUAGUGUAUACAGGGUGGACAAAAUAUUAUUUUAGAUUAAUAAUUAGUUUUAGUGACUAGUGUUAGUGAGACAAAUGGAUCGAAGAAAUUCUUCUAGUGAUACUUCCAGCUGUUCUGACUCUGAACAGGGAAGAUAUGAAAAUCCAACGUCGCGACCUAAUCAUCGACGGAUUAGUCGUAAGCGCUCGUCUAUCCAGCCCUUAGAUGGGAGUAAGUCAAAGAAAUGGACCACUAAAAAUGAUUCCUAUUCGUCUAAAACAAACAAUGAGAGACCGUUACGUGCGUCGUUACGUAGACGCUCUUUGACUCCUGUAAGGGAACUGUGUAUUUCCCAAGAAGCAGGAAACACUAGCCAAAAUUCUGCAGACACUGUUCAACUCUCUGCAUUGUCCGUAGAGUCUCGAAUUGAACGUCUAGAACAAUUAAUAGAGAUUAUUGCCAAAAACGGGUCGCAAUCAGAAAAUCGACGUUUAUCUAUAAGAAGCAACUGUAUUUCUGAAUUUGACCCCGAUAAUGAGAACUUGUCUGCCGUGAAAUGGAUAGAGAAAAUCGAUCUAAUCAAAAACAUCAAUAACUGGGAUGAUAUGACCACUAUUUAUCAUGUGCAGUCACAUUUAGCGGGCAUGGCAAGGAAUUGGUAUCAUAGCCUAUCAAGUUAUCCAAGUUGUUGGAUUGAAUGGAAAACUCUUAUCGCUAAAACUUUUCCAGACCAUUUCGACUAUGCUAUGGUAUUACGAAAAAUGCUAAAUAGAACCAAACAAAGAAGUGAGACGAUGACAAAUUACUAUUUUUGCAAAAUGGAAUUAUUGAGAACAUGUCAAAUAUCUGGUAGCAAUGCCGUAUCAUGUCUUAUUGACGGUAUUACAAACGUAAGUCUACAAAACGUUGCUAGAGCAGGUUGUUACGUCACACCUGAAGCACUUUAUGAAGAAUACUUGUCGACGUUACAUGACGACAAACUACCUGAAACUUCUACCCAAAUAAGAUUCGCGAGACGCAAAACUGAACCCAAAUACACGGAUGUCAAAGAUCACCAUUUCCCUAAGAAAACUAACGUGAAGAAUGUACAAUGCUUCAACUGUAAAUUAAAAGGUCACUACCAAUCAAGUUGUCCAAAGGUACGAGUGGAAUGUACAAAAUGUCAUUUAUUGGGUCACGAAGCUAUUAGAUGUAAUGUUGGUGUUCAGGGAUUGUCAAGUAGGCGUCCAGAUCUACAGUCAACAGAAAUAGACAGCUUUGAAAGAGUAUUAACGGAAAAUGAACAUCUUAGUGAUCCCAAUAUGUACGAUGAAGAACCAAACAGUGACUACCAACAUUUAAUGGAUAAUAUGGAUAACGACCUUAAUGUAUAAUUUAAAAAACGUUUAAAAUAAAAAACAUUGAUACGAAAUAGGCGUGUUUUGUCAAAAACAACCCUUAACCCGAUUCUAGUGGUAAAAACGGUAUUUUAUACAAUUUUACCCUUUGUACACUGAGACAGAGUGAAUUUACAAUGAUAAAAGUAAAUGUUUGUAAAUGUUAACGGAUUGAGCAC